AAAAAAUAGACUAGUUGAGAUUCCACGAGCUUCCAUGAUGCAUUGGCAAUUCUAACUGCUCCUAAUAGCCUCCUAUCAUUUUAGACAAAAGUUGACUGUUCCUACUCUGAAACUGGUAGGUGACAAAUCCCAUCCAUCAUCCCCCCACCCUUGACCAUACCAAAUUUACGAUUUCAAAUUUGAAGUGUCUUUGACUUUCACCAAAAAAAAAAAAAAAUUGAAGGCAUGAAGUGUCCAAAUUUCACCUCAAAAACAAGAAGGUAAAGUGUCCCACAAUCUUAUCUCCAAGCUCAAAAAUACUCCUCCAAAAAUGGGAGAUCGCAUCUCUCUUCUUCCUUACUUGGUAGUAGCAGCACUACUCUUCUGCUACGCAGGCGUAUCAGUAUCACCCAUCUUUUCUGAUCAGAAUCGCAUCAGGGUCACAUCUACUGGUUUUUACAUUCACAAUGAUGGUGAUCUCUAUAACAGCUCUAUUUCCCCCAGGUACACUAUUGAAGCCAUCUAUCAAUUUGGAGAUUCGAUUUCUGAUACGGGGAAUCUUAUACGAGAAAAUCCAAGCUCCAACUAUGCAAAGUUACCAUAUGGACAAACUUUCUUCCACAAACCAACCGGCCGUUGUUCUGAUGGGCUUCUCAUGAUUGACUAUUUCACGAGGUUUUUCAAGCUACCAUUCCUCGACCCGUAUCUUAACAAAGAAGGUAACUUUAGUCACGGAGUAAAUUUUGCUGUUGCUGGAGCUACUGCACUCAACGGAUCAACUUUAGCUAAGAAACACAAUUUAUCAGGCCCCACGAAUAGUUCUUUACUUGUGCAGCUUGAUUGGUUCAAAACUCAUCUUAAUUCCAUUUGCUCCGAUGCAUCAGAUCGCAAGAAAAAAUUGGCAAAGGCACUUAUUGUGAUGGGUGAAAUUGGAGGAAAUGAUUAUAAUUGGGCAUUUUUCCAAAGGAAACCAAUAACAGAGAUCUAUGAUAUGGUGCCUAAAGUUAUUCAGAUGAUAAAAAAUGUCGUAAAGGAAGUUAUUAAUCUUGGUGCCACACGAAUAGUUGUUCCAGGAAACUUUCCCAUUGGCUGCAUGACAAUAUAUCUCGACAUGUUUAAAACAAAUGAUAUAAAAAUGUAUGAUGAACUCCAAUGCCUGAGAAGUUUGAAUGACUUUGCGAAAUUUCACAACGAUAAACUACAAGAAGCUAUAACAGACAUUCAAAGGGAUCAUCCAAAUGUUUCGAUUAUGUAUGCAGACUACUUUGAAGCCUUGAAAGAAAUUCUCCAAAAUGCUACUUCCCUCGGGUUUGAUGAGGACAAAGUGCGAACGGCAUGUUGUGGAAGCAGAGGAAUUGUUUGCGGAGAUCCUUACAAACACGUGAAUUGGGAUAGAAUACAUCUUACUCAACAUGCUUAUCAGGUUAUGGCAAAAUCGUUAAUCAAACCUAUUAAUGAUCUUGGCAUGCCUGGUAAUUCCAGUGGGUCAAAAUCUUCAAUCCCACAAUUAUUUCUAUAUAACUUGUAUGCUAUUAUUUUUUGUUGGUUUAUAUUAUCGAUAUGAUCCUUCAUUUAAUAGUAAUUAGAAACGUAGAAGUUAGAACACGUAAUAAUCAAUCAGUAAAACAAAAGGUGGCUUACAAGUGACAUGGAUUGAGGGACAAAAUAAAGAUUUGCACUCAUCUCGAAUACGGCUAGAUUUACUAUUUUUCCCCUUUUCCAUAAGGUUUCACAAUAUAGAUGUUAUACAAUUGGCACUCAAGUUAUUACGCAAAUAUAAUUUUGUUUUAGGUUUUGUAUUUA